AUGGAGAUGAACUCCGACGACUCCAUGUCGUUGUCCUCCGAGUCCGGUUGGUCUUCGUCGGACGAUUCGGACAUUGAGGAGUUGCUUCAAGACGAUGACGUGGAGAUGAUGAGCCUCCUCGUCGACGUCCAAGAGAUCGAAGACCGCGCAAAGCUGUUGGAUCAUAGGAGAGGAUCGGUGAUGGGGCGAGAGUACAUUAACCGCAACCGUGGUCUCGGGCACGAGCAACUGAUGCGAGACUACUUCGCGAAGGAGCAUCCUACAUACCCACCUCGCCUCUUCCGGAGAAGGUACCGAAUGCGCCGUAGUUUGUUUGUGAAGAUUGUUAAUGAUUGUGAGGCCGCCUCGGAUUACUUCAAGCGUCGUAGGUCCGCCUCCGGUCAAUGGGGGUUUAGUGCUUAUCAAAAGAUAUCGGCGGCAAUGCGUGUGCUCGCCUAUGGCGUACCCGCGGACUAUACCGACGAGUAUCUUCGCAUUGGUGUACAAACAACCACGGAUUCCGUCCGUAGGUUUGCAAAGUUGGUCAUCCGGUUGUAUGGUGAUUUGUAUCUUCGGGCACCCAACGAGGAAGAUACAAAGAGGUUAAUGGAGAUGAAUGAAAAAAGGGGAUGGCCGGGGAUGCUUGGUAGUCUUGAUUGCAUGCAUUGGACAUGGAAAAAUUGCCCCAAAUCAUGGCAUGGAAUGUAUUGUGGAAAAAACAAGGAUGCAACCAUUGUGCUUGAGGCCGUGUCAUCGGAGGACACAUGGAUUUGGCAUGCAUUUUUCGGUUUGCCAGGUACACUCAAUGAUAUCAACGUGCUCAAUAGAUCUCCUUUGUUUGCAAGAUUAGUUUCUGGAGAUGCUCCAACUUGCAACUACAAGGUCAUGAACCAUGAGUACUCAAUGGGAUACUAUCUCACCGAUGGCAUUUAUCCCGAGUGGGCAACUCUUGUGAAGUCCAUCAAGGAGAAAAAUGGUGUGCCCCUAACAAAAAAACAAGCUCAUUUCACAAGGGCACAAGAGGCAGCCCGCAAAGAUAUUGAGAGAGCUUUCGGUAUUUUGCAAGCAAGGUUUGCCAUAGUCCGGGGUCCAGCUCGUUUUUGGGACAAGAAGACCUUGCAGGACAUCAUGACAUGUGUGAUUCUACACAACAUGAUCAUAGAGGAUGAGAGAGGGUUAAACCUCCCUUGCUUCUAUGACAAUGUUGGCACCCGUGUGCAACCAGAAAGGAACCCCAAUCGCGUAGAAGCUUUUCUUGAAGCACACCGUGCGAUUGAGAAUGCAAACACUCAUUGUCAACUCCGGGAUGAUCUUGUAGAGCACCAUUGGCAGUUGGAUGGGCGGCGCCAAGGCUCAUGA